CCACCUGAAGUUUCUUACACCCUUAUCCCUACAUUGGCAUAUUUUGAGUUCUUGCCGAUACUCGGGGAAGAUGAUAAUCAAAAGGACAACUUCAACCAGGAGAAAAAACAACAUCAUCCAGAACUGGUUGAUCUCGUCAAGGUUGAGCUUGGACGGGAAUAUGAGCUUGUUGUCACCAAUUAUGCAGGUAACUUGAUUAUAUUCAAGAAUUUUUAUUACACACUAUUUCUUCAAAUGCAAGGACUUUAUCGGUAUAGAGUUGGAGACGUGCUACGAGUUGCUGGGUUCAAGAACAAUGCUCCUCAGUUCAAUUUCAUGCGGAGAAGAAAUGUAGUUCUAAGCAUUGAUAUGGACAAGACAAACGAAACUGAGCUUCAAAAUGCAGUGAAAAGAGAAGUUGACCAUCUUAUGAUUAUGUCUAAUGUCUCUCUUGUUGAAUACACUAGUUUUCCUGAUACAUCAACUUUUCCAGGACACUAUAUGCUCUAUUGGGAACUUCAGGGAAACAAUAACAAUGCCGUAAUUCCUCAGAAAGUGCUUGAGGAAUGUUGUAUGGUAAUGGAAGAAUUCCUCGGUUAUGAGUAUCGUUAUAUGCGCAAUAACAAGAAAUUAAUUGGACCCUAG